CAAAGCUGUGCCACUUGAUGCAAAUGUUGAUAAAAAAGUGUGAGCAUUCUAUUCUGUACGAUGGGUUUCUAAUGAGCAGUCUUUGCCAUUUCUUGUGCAAGCUUUCAGGAAGUAAAAUACGAGGCUUCAGAUAUGUUAGCACUUUGGCAGGGUUAUCAAUAGCUUCAGAACUUACAGAAAUGUGUUGUAAUGUAGAGAAACAGAGAAAUAAUUUAAACAAACAACUUAGCACUGAGAGAGAUUUCACUGUUGAAAGGGAAGUUUCGUGGCAAGAAUCACUUAUUUCAUCUUUGAGUGAGAUCUCUGAAAAUUUGCUGGAAGCUGUUGGACUAAUGCAACUACUUGUUGGACAGAUAUUCAAGCACAGAGUCAAGGAUUGUUCAAGUAAGAUCAGACUUUUCUGUUGUGAAAAACUGAAGUCCUGGGUGGAAGAAUAUCCAGAAAUUUUUGUCUCUGGUGAAUACCUGGAAAUAAUUUUUGUUUUGAUGCAUGAUUCUCUGAAGAGUAUUAGAAUGUGCAGUUUAAAGAUUAUGGAAUCAGUUAUUUCAACAGGAGAACCAAAGCAGGAAACACAACAUUUUCUUUCGCAUAGUAAAGCAAGACUUAUUGCAAUGACAUUAGAUGUUUCUCCUGAGAUAGCAGUCCAGGCUAUCAGAGUUCUUGCUGUAGUAGAUAAAUUUUAUCAGUCAGUGUUAAAUGAAAAAGACAAAGAACAACUUUUCUUUCUGGUGUUCUCGGAGCACAAGCCUGUGGCACAGGAAGCAGCAGGCUAUGUAUUGCAAGUAUCGAGAGUGAUAAUGGAAGAAGAUGGCUCAAGUUUACUGGAAAACAUUGCUUGCUUCUUCAAGGAAUGUAAAUAUCAUGGAUAUGAAACACUGUAUGUGGACUCACUUUGGGGCAUAUGUAAAGAACUAUGUGACUGGAAGGAAUUCAUAGAAUGUUUUUUGCGGCAAAAAGAUACAGACGCAAAGUCUGCAUUUUUGAGGAUCAUGGUGAGCUGUAUACAUAGAGCUGUGACAGGUGAAACACCUAGAUGUAAGGGAAAGAAAACAUUCCAGCAGACUGUUAUGACUAUUGAGAGAUCAAAAUCUAAAUUGAAAGAGGAAGAGAGGAAGGCAAUUACUGAAGUAUUUAUGGAUUAUCUCCCUGAGAUUAUAAAACAAAAUAUGAAAGAGGAAAUCAUCUUGAUAGAUUGUCUCAAAAUACCGUUAUAUAUGCAGACUGAUGUAUAUGGAUGCAACAUUAACGAGAAGCCACUUGAAGAACUUUUGGAUGCCUUAAAAGAAGUUGUCCUCUUUACAAAUGAUGAUAGUGUUCUAAACAGCAUUACAAAAGUAUAUGAUCUGUUCAGUUCCCCUGAAAUAGCAACUUUUAACACAACUGCUAUGAGAUGUGGAAUGUUGAUGGGGACUGUAACAGAUGCCACCAAAAAAGCAAUGGAAAAUUUUCAACACAUUGUGCAGGAAUCUAUGCCACCUGUUGCUGUUACCUAUGAAACUGAAAAAUGGACAAAAAAAGUGUCUUAUCUAAGCAAGUGUAUUGAUAUUAGAAGUUAUGACAUACUUAAUGAAAUGUUGCAAUUUAUUGCUGCUGACAUUUCAGGAAGCUUUCCAGUUCCUGAUGAGGCCUUCAACAUCUUCUGUGAGCUUGUCUACUUUCUACAAUUGUUUUGUAGGAACUAUCCCAAUCUUUCUGACUUGCUGUAUAGACCUGAUGGAUAUGUGGAGGACAGAUUAAUGUAUAUUUUAAAUGAAUGGGUUUUUGCUCUGCCAGGCACACGUUUCACAGAUCCAUCAGAAGAAUCAGUAAGUGAAACUACAUUGGACGAACGUAAAAGGAUGUUGAAAGGGUACUGGAGUUUGAUAUCUUGCUGGACAUUACCCAUUGAUUCUGCAGAAUUCAUAUUCAAGCACUAUGCACAGUUUCCAGAAUAUGAAGAUUGUUUGCAGCAGAUGCUUCAGGUUUUAUUGAAAUUUGACACUAUACUGUGUGCUGAAGUUUUGGUUAAUACACUAUGGCCGAAGAGAAGUGUACCAGAAAGCUUGAAAUCUUCAAAAACUUGAGUAUUUACGACAGAACGUGCCAACAGAGGAACUACGUCAGAUAGGGGAGUCGGCACCAUUCAAGCAUUACAUUAACUGCUUAUUAAAAGUAAAGAAAAGUAUGUGAAACAUUCAGUCAAGCUCAUCUUCCUGUAAUCAACCUGCAACAAUAAAGCAUAGCCACCCAUAACUAGAUAUUCAAAACAGCAGAGAAACCAGAAUUUGUCUAUCCAUUCAGAAAAACUACCAAUAAAGUCUUCUUCUGUUGAAGAGAUCUAGGUCAGAAUUUAGAGUUUAUGGGCAAAUAUUGUUAAGAUGUUUAUCAAACUGCAUGUGUACAAAAAAUAUUCCUUUAGUUGCAAUUUUUUCAACUUGGUGUUGAAUGUCAGUUUAAUUGAUUAACAGAACU